UGAUGAUUUGGUGCUUACCGAAUCCGGAGGAAACCUUCCGAGUAUGAAUACGCGCUUGCAGGUUAUAACGCUAACCCGAUUUUGCCGCAUAAAGUUUCCAAAUGCUUCCAUCUUUGUCCUGCACCAUCUUUGCAGGACUUCUCAUUAUUUUCAUUAGCCGUCUUCUUAGAGUCAGGAGGUCUUCAAGUCUACCCCUUCCCCCUGGUCCACCUUCGUUGCCUAUACUUGGAAAUGUAACCGUCAUGCCAUCGUCUCAUGAAUGGUUGACAUACGACAAGUGGGCAAAAAUUCAUGGCGACAUAAUACGCCUGAACGUUUUUGGCCAGUCUCUGAUUAUACUGAGCUCUCUAGAAACCGCACGAAACCUCCUUGACCGUCAAAGCGCAAUUUCAUCAGACAGACCGCGUUUUGUAAUGAUAUCAGACCUGAUGGGAUGGGAUUGGGCAGUGCAAUUCAUGAGCACAGGACACCGGUUUCGCAAGUAUCGCCGAACGGUCCAACAAUGUUUACAACCCCAGUCCCUUAGCGCGUAUUUGCCUAUAGUAGAGAAAGGAUCGAGGGAACUUUUAAAGAGCCUUCUUGAAGACCCAUCGAACUUUCAAGCUCACAUAAAGCAUCAUAGCGGUGGGAUGAUGAUGUCCAUCCUCUACGGCGAACAAGAAGGUGUUCUCCGUGAUCAAUACGUAUCGAAGGCUGACGCUGCAAUCGACGGUCUUGUCGAGGCCGGUAAUGUCGGAAAAUUCUAUGUCGACUUUUUACCUUUCCUACGUUAUGUCCCGGCAUGGGUCCCUGGGGCAGGCUUUCAAAAACAGGCCAGAUUAUGGCGUCGACAGGCAAGAGAGAUGAUUGAGAUACCUUUCGAGAACACGAAGAAGGCCUACGAAAAUGGUGUUGCCACACCUUCGGUGACCGAAACACUCAUUAGACAGCAACUCCUUACCACAGCACACAUCACAGACCCAGAAUUGAUAAUGGGAGCAGCUGGUGUUUUAUUUGUUGGUGGCGGAGACACAUCUCUGUCUGCUCUCGACACAUUCAUACUAGCAAUGGUUCUCUACCCAAACGCUCAAAAGCGAGCUCAAGCAGAAAUUGACUCGGUAGUCGGUGGAGAUAGGCUUCCCGAGUUUUCUGAUCGCUCGUCCCUUCCUUUCUUCGAAUGCGUACUGUCGGAAGUCCUACGAUGGAAUCCCGCUGUUCCACUUGGGGUGCCUCACCGUGUUUCAGAAAACACUGACCUCAACGGCUACCAAAUUCCUGCGGGAGCAACCGUCCUCGUCAAUCAAUGGGCCAUACUUCAUGACGAAAAAGAGUAUCCCGAGCCCUUCGAGUUCCGCCCUGAGCGCUUCAUGCCUCCUUCCGAUGACCCCAUGCCUUUGAAUCCUCGAGAGGCUUCGUUCGGUUUCGGGCGGAGGAUAUGUCCAGGAAGGCAUUUUUCCGAUAGCCUUCUGUGGAUGAUUAUGGUUCGCAUCGUUGCAGCGUUCGAACUUGACAAACAACGCGAUGCCAGUGGCGGAGUAGUAGAGGUGAAGGGUGAAUAUCUUUCGGGCCUGGUCACACGACCAGCACCGUUUGCAUGUCAGAUAACACCUCGAUUAAAGCUGGCAGAAGAGCUUGAAUCUUUUCACUAAUGAAAACUCCAAUCGUGUCCCGCAUUUGCUUAUGAGUAUGUUACUUAGCAUUGAAUCUUGAAAAAUCGUUGGUGGCCACGGAAUUUCUGGCCCUUGCGCGUUAUGACUCGACUUUCAGUAUAAAUUUGUAUCUCACGUGGCGCAUACUCAGAAAAACGAACUUGAACUCUUGGACGACUGAUUUGUACCAUCAGCCUCAAUCAUCAGAUACUUUACCGUGCAAUGCUAAAUACCUACCUGAUAUACAGGAUUCUCGUC